AAGGAGUCACAUUGUUAUCUCAAAAGUAUUUUUCUUAUCUGAUGAACUGGAUGUUAUGGUUUAGAUUGCGUCCAUUUUAAAACAACCACAAGAACUGAUCAAAAAUCCUUUUCGAAGUCUUCAAAGGCUGAAGUUCUACUAGUGGACUCCAGAAGAUGGCAAUGAGAGCGAAAAAUGUCAGGUCUUUGCAAAUAAUUGCGGUAUGUACUUUGAUUGUAUUAACCGCUGGCAAGAACGGCAAAYCUCAACCCAAUAUCGUCAUGAUUGUUGCUGAUGACUUGGGCUGGGAUGACGUCAGUUUUCACGGCUCUUCCCAGAUCCCUACACCACAUAUCGAUAAAUUAGCCAAUGAAGGAGUUAUAUUGAAUGGAUACUACGUAUCACCUAUAUGUACUCCAUCGAGAGCGUCGUUCAUGACUGGGAAGCAUCCUGUCAACUUAGGUAUUCAGCAUGCAACAAUAUUUGGAACACAGCCAUAUGGUCUUCCGUUGGGUGAAAUUACUACACCACAGUACAUGAAAUCACUAGGAUAUAAGACUCAUGGUAUAGGCAAGUGGCAUUUGGGGUUCUUUGAAAAGGAGUAUAUACCGACAUAUCGCGGCUUUGACUCAUACUACGGGUUUUGGAACGGAAAAGAGGACUACUGGGAUCACUCGUCACAAGAAGACGUCUGGGGAUUCGAUUUACGCGAUAACGAGCAGAUUGUUAAAAACGAGAGUGGUCACUAUGGUACCGAGUUAUACGCCCAGCGUGCUGUCCAAAUYAUCCAUGACCAUAACCAAUCAAAACCGCUGUACUUGUACUUGGCUCAACAGGCCGUACAYUCUGCCAAUGAGAGAGAGCCGCUGCAAGCACCAACAAAACUUGUUAAUGAAUUCUCAGGGAUUCAUUCUCACCCAAGACGUAUCUAUGCCGGGAUGGUUACAGCUCUUGAUAUUUCUGUUGGGAAAGUAUACAAAGCUUUGAAAAACUCCGGUAUGCUUGACAAUACUGUAUUGGUAUUCACGACCGACAAUGGAGGAGCGCCACGGGGCUUUAACUGGAAUCAAGGUUGCAACUAUCCUCUCAAAGGUGGCAAAGACUCGUUCUGGGAGGGAGGGGUGAGAGCGGUUGGAUUUGUCCAUAGUAAACUUAUAAAUAAAAARGCUCGCGUCAGCACACAGAUGAUCGACGCAACUGAUUGGCUGCCUACUUUUUAUCACCUUGGAGGAGGUGACGUAAGYCAGAUUCAAGACGGUAUAGAUGGCAUGAAUGUAUGGGAUACCAUCAGCGAUGAUCAGCCAUCUCCUCGUACUGAAAUACUACACAAUAUUGAUCCAAUACGAAAAUUUGCUGCAAUCAGGGUGAAUAAUUAUAAACUUAUUGUGAAUCAAGAUGCAGUUUACAAACAAACAUGGCAUCCUAGGUAUGACGAAAAACASCAAGGUGAAAAUACUAAGGUUAAAACUCUACCAGGGGCUGUAGUGGAYUGYGGACAAUGGAGCACAAGUAAAGGCAAUACAUGUGAUACAUCGGAAUUUCCUUGUCUGUUCGACAUAUCAAACGAUCCAUGUGAAUACAACACGAUAGCAAACGACAACCUUCAUAUUGUAAACCAGUUACUAGAAAGACUYAUUCAAAUCCAGAAACAAGCUCGACCAGUAUGGUUCCCUGAAAGRGAUCCUAAAGCAAAUCCCGCUUUAUUCAAUGGWUUUUGGGGACCAUGGCGGRAGAAUCCUGCRAACGCUAAAAUACUUAGCGACAUGGCAGCAAAGAUUCCACAACUUGGCAAAAAGUCGAAGACCUUGAAGAAAGAAAGCAAUACGAACAACCAAACAGCAGUUUACAAAGGUCAUGCAGAAUUCCACACAAUGCUAAAAAAGAUCCUUAAACAUACGAAAGGAAARAACAAAGAUAAAAAAGCUUCAAAGCGAACCGAAGCAAAAAAGACAACAAUCUUUAGAAACGAAAAGUCACGGAUUCGCAAAAAAGUGUUUACUCUGUACACAGARAUGAAAGAGAAGACGCGYAACAAAGAAGGAACGACAACGUCAAGCGAGGAGAAGAACAAACUGAAUUCUGGUAAAGAUCACAUCAUAAAUACCRACAAACUGAACACUAUAUCUCGUGUUAAGAGAAGCAUUGAAGAAGCUUCUGAAAGUCAAGAUGAUGCAGUUCGAUCCAUUGUUAGACAAAGCAUUGAACAGAAACACGAUAGUGCAAAAUCACAAGUGAACGGCAGAGAUGAUMUAAGCUACGUUAUAAAAAACAUGAAAGAAGACUCACAAAUACCUCAAUUUACUCAUGGGAAAAGCAAAAAUUACGUGCGUCGCUCUGAAAUUCCUAAACCAGAGAAAUCAAGGAUAGAAACAAUAUUAGAAUCGCUUUCAAAGGCUUUUGGAUAUAGUUAACGGUAUAAACAAAUACAUAUAGUUGUUUUUUUAAAAAAUAUUUUAAGCAACGCAAGAGUAAGUCCCGCUCCAUUUCUACCAGUAAGACAGACUGAGAAGUGUUAUAAACACUUUAAUUCUAGGCCAGAAAAUCCUCUUCCUGCAGUGUCAGCACCCUUAAACUGUUGGUCGAGACAACAUGACCAGAAUUACUGAAUCAUAUAUCAUUAAACAAAAUAUUAUAGUUAAA